GCUGUUGUUUUGCACUCGCUUCCAAAUCUCAUGUCUAGUCGACCGAAUUCGAAGUAAAUUUGGCUUCUCUCGCUCUCCCUCUCUUUUGGACCAAGCUAAACGCGUCACCAGUGGCAGUGAUACCAAGCAUAGAUUGAUUGCGCUCGGAUCUAUCACUCCGGCUGUCGCUUGAGUUUGGCAUCCAUCAGUCGUAUCACGGCAAUCUAUCCAAAGUUUUGUGUUCUAAAGUUGAAAGUGAUAAAAAUAUUUAAAGAUGCGUAUCGGAGCUACCAUUCCCAAUUUUAAGGCCGAUUCGACCAAGGGUCCGAUCGAUUUCUACCAAUGGCUGGGCGACUCUUGGUGUGUCCUGUUUUCCCAUCCGGCUGACUUCACUCCGGUGUGUACGACGGAACUGGGUCGCAUUGCUGUCCAUAAGGAGCACUUCCAGAAGCGCAAUGUGAAGAUUUUGGCCCACUCUGUCGAUGAUCUCAAGUGUCAUGUCGAUUGGGUUAACGAUAUUAAAUCGUACUGUCCGGAUAUCAUCGGGAACUUCCCCUAUCCGAUCAUUGCUGACCCGGCACGUGAAUUGGCGGUUAAGUUUGGAAUGCUCGAUGAAAAAGACAAAAACGAUCCGGAGUUGGCACACACUGUUCGUGCUUUGUUCAUUAUCAGUCCUGAUCAUCGCGUUCGAUUGACGAUGUACUAUCCCACAUCGACUGGAAGAAAUGUCGACGAAAUACUUCGUGUCAUCGAUUCACUGCAGCUCACUGACCGCCUAAAAGUGAUUGCCACGCCCGCCAACUGGACGCCCGGUACGAAGGUAAUGAUCCUCCCGACCGUCUCCGAAGCGGACGCUGACAAGCUGUUCUCCAACAUCGAACGAAUCUCGAUGCCGUCCGGCAAUGUGUACGUGCGGACCACAACUGAUUACGAGUGAUAUUUUAUUCACGUUGAUUAUGACACGCACGCUAUUCGCAAUUUUCACACAAAUUCUGACAAUUUCCAUUUGAAUCAUUUUAGAAGUUUCAGAAAGAAAAGUUAGAAUAGCAUUAGCAUACAACGGACUUUAGAAAUGUUUGUACUGAUUUCGUAUCAACGAUUCAUUAUAUGUUGAAUAAAAAUCUUACAAU